AAGUCGUUGACAAAAAUUAUAUUUAUUUGUUAUUUGUUUUUAAAAAAAAUAGAGGUGUUUAUUCUACCCAAACACCUCAAGGCGGCAGCAAAGAUGAAUAUCCAUCUUCCAAUUCGAGCAGGAUUUGCUUUUGGUUCUUGUUCUUUGAUAGUACGACGAGCUUUGAAGACCAACUCCCUGGACUUGUCUGGAGCCAUUGCUGCUCUUCUUGUUGGCUUUGUAUUGACUUUAACCAAUCUUUGCUUUUUCUCGUCUUUGCUGAUAUUUUUCUUGAGUUCUUCAAUGCUAACUAAGUUCAGAUCUGAAGUGAAACGAGAGAUCGAGGACGAUUUCAAGGAAGGAGGGCAACGUAAUUGGAUCCAAGUCUUUUGUAAUGGAGGUGUAGCCUGUCUCUUAGCAGCAGUAUAUUUCCUAGACAAUGGGUGUGGGGAGAGACCUAUUGAUUAUGCAAGAGACUUUGAUGCUUCACUGAUUGCCAUGGCAAUACUUGGUGCGAUUGCAUGUAGUUGUGGUGAUACCUGGUCUUCAGAAAUAGGCACAGCAUUUCCAAGUAACAAACCUCGUUUAAUAACUACCCUUCGUCAGGUUCCUACUGGUACAAAUGGUGGCGUUACAUUCAUUGGGCUUCUUGCAAGUAUCACUGGCGGCCUUCUUGUUGGCAUUGCUUACUAUGCAGUAUUGGUAAUGUCAAUGUUCUUCAGAGGAAAAUCUAAUGGGUAUCCACAACAAUGGCCUAUCAUUUUAAUCGGUUGUGCCGGUGGUUUUAUAGGUUCCAUUGUAGACUCAAUACUAGGUGCAACAGUACAGUAUUCAGGAUAUUGUUCAGUACGAAAGAAGGUAGUCAACAAACCUGCUCCAAAUGCCAAGCACAUUUCAGGGUGUCCACUAAUACAUAAUCAUACCGUUAACUUGGUGUCGUCUGCCGUUACCAGUGUUGCCAUGUCAAUAUUUGGGUAUUAUUUAUGGAAGUUUAUUGAUUCACAAUACAGGCCAUUAUAGCAAUGGAAAGCAUCACAAUCUUCAUAAGUUUUGCAAAAAGAGCAGUUCUUGGAUAAUUUGCAACAGCAUAAUCAUCAACACUUUGCAAAAUUCUGCUCUCCAAAAGCAGUAUAAAGCUCUUUAUCUUGGGCAUAAUUUUGUUUCGUUUCAGCCAAGUGUCACUCUCUUGAGAAUAAGGAUCUUUGUAUAAGUUGUAUGCAUAUUCAUGUAUCUUCUCAUACACAACUGUUAAACAAAGAAAUGAUACUCUAGGUAAUGACACAUGGUCUGAAAUGGGGAAACAUACCCAAACUAUUAAAUACUUGAUAUUUAACAUUGAUAUUCGUUGGCAUGCAAUAGGUGAUAUGUGUUCCCAAAAAAUUCUAAAUUUGUUAUUAUUUUCUGCUCUCCCAUUUCUUCCAAUUUCUUUUACAUUCUAAAUUUAUGUAUUUUGAAAAACAUUAUUUUGAAAGAGGUGGUUGUCAACGACAUGCCUUAACAAUAAAGAUACACCCUUCCUGUAAUUAACAACAACCAAUAGAAAUCUAAUCUGUGUUUAGUACGUAAAAAAGUCGUACCUUUUGGGGCUAUAUUCACAAGGGACUGAUGAGUUAUCUAAAGCAAAAAUUUCAUAUGCCUGGCCGUGCAAAUUUGGAUCCAGUUCCGUGUAAACAGAACAUAUUUUUUAUACAUUUAAACAGUAUGUACAGGUCAAAGUUUUUGUAAACACAGUGAUAGUUUCAUUUAUGUAACUGAGACCCCCCAUCCAGAAAUGUUUUAACACCUCUUGUCUGCCAACUAUAUCCAGGCAAUAUUUAUUAAUAGACAAUAUUUACUAAUAUAUUAGAAAUUUCAUACUCAAAAUUAUCUUGGGCGUGAAGCAAACCUUGAAAUGGUAUUCUUGAGGUUUUCGUGUUCCAUAUAGAUUAUACACGAGGUUUUUAUUGGUUUGAAGCAAGUGUUGAAAUUUUUCUUGACAUUUCGUCUACGCUGUGGUAGUCUUCAUCAGAAUGAAAAAAUGAAACCAAAAAAAACCUCGUGUACAAACCUUGAAAUGCCAAAGCAAAGACACAAAUUCCAUUCAUUCGAGGAAAAGUAUGAUUGAUUUUGUAUUUUCAUGCUAGCCCAAGAUUCCAAGAUGUUGAGAGAGGUUUCAUAGGAAUAAUGGCUCUUUUUUGGUGUUGCAAGGCAACUUAGGCAUAAUACAAUUAACAGUAGCCUUUACCCAGCAAACUUAAAUCCUAACCCAGACUACAAUAAAGCUUGCUUACACCAAGAGAGACCUGGAAAAAUGAUGUUACGUGGGUAAUAUGCCCUAAGCUGUCACAAAACAGAAAUGUUUUAAAAACAGUCAUCAUAAUCAGGUUCUUUAAGAUGUUUUAGCUCCUAGAUGUUUUAGCUCUUAGAUUUAACAUUUUUAUAUUAUUAUUCAUAAGUCAAGCAAAAAUAAUAAAAGGUAAUAUGCCUUUUCAAACA